GAUUUUUCAAGUUUUCGUUUAUUCCCUGAUCUUCCGGGAGUUAUCUCCUCCACGUUGCAUUAUGGAUGUUUGUAGGAUUUUCAAUCGGAUAGUAUACUUUUUGGUGGAAAAAUCGUUGGGCGAUAUCUCGAAAUUCGACCCAUUUGAUGUAUUGAAGCUCGUCGCAUUGUGGGGUGGACGUUUAUGUCUGCUGAUUUUCGUGGGCACACUCUGCAAUGUUACAUAUGUGGUAAUCUUCAAGAUGAUACCAGUUGAAUGGAACGAAUGCCAAAAUAUGUCGUUCUUCGUGUUCCGUUUUGUGCUCCUUAUCUACAUUUACUACAGUGUCGUUUUUCACUACUACAAGGCCCGGACUCUGACACCUGUUGUGAAUCCAGGGACUCCCAGUGACUCAUUUUGUAUCAAAUGCAACAAUUGGAAAGGUCCAUCAACAUCUCAUUGUAAAGCUUGUGACAAAUGUAUCUACCGUAUGGAUCAUCAUUGCCCUCAUAUUGGACAAUGUGUUGGAGCACACAAUCAGAGCCACUUCUUCCUUUUUCUUUUCUAUCUUCAAAUUGCAACGGGCCUCUUUUUCUUGAUGGCUACAACGUUUUGGAUGAAAUGGAUAGAGACUCGUAAAGAACUAACUGCAAUCCCGGAUGAUCAAUGCUGGCCUCCAUAUUGUUUUAAUAGAUAUUACUACUUGAUUACACGUUCUCAAGGAACCGAAGACACUAUGGUUAAAUUCGCAUUUUUCCUUUUCGUAACACUUCAUUGGAUUAUGUGGGGAUUUGUUGGUGUCUACGUAGGAAUCAUUUCAUUUGGAUUAACUAUGGCGAUGAAAAUGUUUCAAAAGUCGGACGCUGAAUCUCGUAAACCUUUCACUUGGUUCACAAUCAAAGCUCGUUGGAGAAAAUACAUGAACUGUCAAGAUGAGCCACUUUGGAAGAUAUUUUUUAUUCCGAAAACCCGCAAAAUUGUGUCGUAUAACGAUUAUAAGGAGUUAAUUAUGUAGAAUUAUUGUAGAAUUGUCUAAUUUUCUCUUUUUUAAUGUGGUUUUUUAUAUUGAGUUUUUUUGGUUGGCAAUAAAAGGAAUUGAAAAUCGG